UAUCGAACUGUCCUUGUCCCGGUGGUGAAGUCUCCCGGCUUUCCAAAGAUCCCAGGAAAAACUCUGAGUUUCAUUUACUUUGCACCUGAUGACGAAAACCCUGAGAUUCAUCGGCCUGUGUUCCUCGAGCUGACGCCAUCGCCUGAGAUGACCUACAGGACCCUGCCCGGGACCAGCAACGAGAUGAAUGUCUUGGGAAUCGUCAUCUUCUCAGCCACGAUAGGACUUCUCCUGGGAAAAAUGGGCGAGCGAGGAACUCCGCUGGUUAACGUGUGCCAGUGCCUGAACGAAGCUGUUAUGAAAAUUGUCUCAAUGGCAGUUUGGUACUUUCCCUUUGGCAUCGUAUUUCUUAUCGCUGGAAAGAUCCUGGAGAUGGAAGACCCGUCAGUCAUAGGCCAGAAGCUCGGUCUAUACGCCAUCACAGUGGUCUCAGGGCUGGCCAUCCACGGCCUCGUCCUCUUACCUCUGCUCUUUGUGCUCAUCACCAAGAAAAACCCCUUUCCAUUCAUUCAGGGGAUACUGCAAGCCUUGCUGAUCGCCUUAGCUACGUCUUCCAGCUCCGCGACCCUGCCCAUCACCCUCAAGUGUCUCCUGGAAAACAACGGCAUAGACCGACGCGUGGCACGCUUCGUCCUGCCCGUCGGCGCCACCAUCAACAUGGACGGCACAGCGCUGUACGAGGCCGUCGCCGCCAUCUUCAUCGCGCAGGUCAACGAAUAUGACUUGGAUUUGGGGCAAAUUAUAACAAUAAGCAUCACGGCAACAGCAGCAAGCAUAGGGGCAGCUGGGAUCCCCCAGUCCGGGCUCGUCACGAUGGUCAUCGUGCUGACUUCCGUGGGGCUGCCGACCGACGACAUCACCCUCAUCAUCGCGGUCGACUGGGCUCUGGAUCGGUUUCGAACUAUGACCAACGUCCUCGGGGACGCGCUGGCUGCUGGCAUCAUAGCGCACGUCUGCGAGAAAGACUUUGCCCCAAAGCCCCCCGUGCAAGAUCCGGUAAGCAACACAGACAAGACCCCGCCACUGCAUCCCAAAGACAACGUGAUUGAAAUGAUUGAAGAAACUCUGCUCGAUCAGACAGGGGUUCACUAUAACAUCUGUCAGGUGUAG